CACCAAAGGCCCUUCCCCGCCCCAGGAGAGGCUCUGGCAGGCGGCGGCGAGCUGCCGCAGUCCUUCCCCGGGCGGCGGCGAGCGGGAACGCUGCGCGGCUUCCCGCCUGCGAGGACCAGCCCGACCGCCGCCACCUGCGUCGGGGCACCCGCGGCUGACAGGCCCGGGCCGGAAGGGGCGGGGCGGCGGCGCACAGCGGGCCGUUGCCGGGAGCCCCGCUGCGGAGCGGAGAUGGCGGAUGAGGCGCUGUUCCUGCUGCUGCACAACGAGAUGGUGGCGGGGCUGUACCGUGCCGCCGAGCAGGGCGAAGGGGAGAACGGGCGCUGCACCACCAAGCUGGAGAGCAUGGGCUUCCGCGUCGGGCAGGGGCUGAUCGAAAGGUUUACAAAAGAUACGGCCAGGUUCAAGGACGAAUUAGAUAUUAUGAAGUUCAUUUGCAAAGAUUUUUGGACAACUGUAUUCAAAAAACAAAUAGAUAACCUAAGGACUAAUCAUCAGGGUAUUUAUGUUCUUCAAGACAAUAAAUUUCGCCUCUUGACACAGAUAUCUGCAGGAAAGCAGUAUUUAGAACAUGCACCAAAGUAUUUAGCAUUUACUUGUGGACUAAUCAGAGGAGGCCUAUCGAAUUUGGGAAUAAAGAGUAUUGUGACAGCUGAAGUUUCAUCAAUGCCUGCAUGUAAAUUUCAGGUGAUGAUACAGAAGAUGUAGAGCACAUUCAAAUCUUGGUAUCUACCUUAAAAAUCCUUUGUGUGUGGAUUCAGUAUCUUGUUUUGGCUUUGUAUAUAGCUUGUAAAUUAUACCAGUGUGCAGCACAAUUCCAAAAUGUAUAAUAAAUUUUCAUCAAAAUAA